AUGUCUCAAUCUGUUUCUUUUCAAGUUUCCGGCGACACUACUGCCUCGGCCGAUCAACUAAUUCCGGCCAACCUGAAGUUCGUCGUAUCCAACAUCAAGAACUUCGUCACCACUCCGCUCAACGCCGACAACUACGCUAUAUGGCGAUCUCAAAUCCUGAAAAUCAUCCGUGCGAAUGGCUUCUACAAUUUUCUUGUUCCGCCCAUCGUGCCACCUGAAUCCUCUGAUCAGAUUCAAGAAGGUUCGUCGUCCUCAACAACUAGUACCGGCAAUCGGCAUCUGACCGAUCAAACCCUCUCCGCUGCUAUCUGCGCGACUAUUUCGCCUUCCAUUUUGCCAUAUGUGAUAUCGUUGGAAUCCACGGCUGAAAUCUGGCAUUCUUUAGAAGCCCGAUUUCAAUCUUCAAACCGUUCGAAGGUCAUUCAACUUAAGAAUGAACUUCACAAUGUGUCUUUAAAAACAUCCACCAUGACACAAUAUCUCUCAGAGAUUAAAUCUUUGGUCGACCAAAUAGCCGCUGCCGGCUCCACUGUAGACAUAGAGGACAUAAUCCUCUACAUCCUAAACGGUCUACCUCCUCCUUAUCAAGCCUUCAAGACAUCCAUCCACACGAUGUUGACUCCGAUAAGCCUCGACCAAUUAUAUCCUCUUCUUUUGAGCGAGGAGAUUCAUAUUGCGGCGGAUACUGCUCGUCAAAUCACAGGCAACGAUCCAAACAUGGCAUUAUUUGGCUACAGGGGGAGAGGCCGACGGUCUCGUGGCAGACAAAAUCAAAGUUCUACUGGCCAGUCCCGCUCCAACCCCAACAGCUCUGUUAUUUGCCAAAUCUGCUUCAAGAAAGGACACUCAGCAAAUUCUUAUUGGCAUCGCUUAAAUGCCAGUACACUCCCACCGCCAGGAAUGUGA